AUGAAAAAGAGACCCAUGCAUCACAGACCCAUGAAAAAGAGACCCAUGCAUCACAGACCCAUGAAAAAGAGACCCAUGCAUCACAGACCCAUGAAAAAGAGACCCAUGCAUCACAGACCCAUGAAAAAGAGACUCAUGCAUCACAGACCCAUAAAAAAGAGACCCAUGCAUCACAGACCCAUGAAAAAGAGACUCAUGCAUCCCAGACCCAUGAAAAAGAGACUCAUGCAUCACAGACCCAUGCAUCCCAGACCCAUGAAAAAGAGACCCAUGCAUCACAGACCCAUGAAAAAGAGACCCAUGCAUCACAGACCCAUGAAAAAGAGACCCAUGCAUCACAGGCCCAUGAAAAAGAGACCCAUGCAUCACAGACCCAUGAAAAAGAGACCCAUGCAUCCCAGACCCAUGAAAAAGAGACUCAUGCAUCACAGACCCAUAAAAAAGAGACCCAUGCAUCACAGACCCAUGAAAAAGAGACUCAUGCAUCCCAGACCCAUGAAAAAGAGACUCAUGCAUCACAGACCCAUGCAUCCCAGACCCAUGAAAAAGAGACCCAUGCAUCACAGGCCCAUGAAAAAGAGACUCAUGCAUCACAGACCCAUGAAAAAGAGACUCAUGCAUCACAGACCCAUGCAUCACAGACCCAUGAAAAAGAGAGCCAUGCAUCACAUACCCAUGAAAAAGAGACCCAUGCAUCACAGACCCAUGCAUCACAGACCCAUGAAAAAGAGACCCAUGCAUCACAGACCCAUGAAAAAGAGACUCAUGCAUCACAGACCCAUGAAAAAGAGACCCAUGCAUCACAGACCCAUGAAAAAGAGACUCAUGCAUCACAGACCCAUGCAUCACAGACCCAUGAAAAAGAGACCCAUGCAUCACAGACCCAUGAAAAAGAGACCCAUGCAUCACAGACCCAUGCAUCCCAGACCCAUGAAAAAGAGACCCAUGGAUCACAGACCCAUGAAAAAGAGACUCAUGCAUCACAGACCCAUGAAAAAGAGACCCAUGCGUCACAGACCCAUGCAUCACAGACCCAUGAAAAAGAGACCCAUGCAUCACAGACCCAUGAAAAAGAGACUCAUGCAUCACAGGCCCAUGAAAAAGAGACCCGUGCAUCACAGACCCAUGAAAAAGAGACUCAUGCAUCACAGACCCAUGAAAAAGAGACUCAUGUAUCACAGACCCAUGAAAAAGAGACCCAUGCAUCCCAGACCCAUGAAAAAGAGACCCAUGGAUCACAGACCCAUGAAAAAGAGACUCAUGCAUCACAGACCCAUGAAAAAGAGACCCAUGCAUCACAGACCCAUGCAUCACAGACCCAUGAAAAAGAGACCCAUGCAUCACAGACCCAUGAAAAAGAGACUCAUGCAUCACAGGCCCAUGAAAAACAGACCCAUGCAUCACAGACCCAUGAAAAAGAGACCCAUGCAUCCCAGACCCACGAAAAAGAGACUCAUGUAUCACAGACCCAUGAAAAAGAGACUCAUGCAUCACAGACCCAUGAAAAAGAGACCCAUGCAUCCCAGACCCAUGAAAAAGAGACCCAUGCAUCACAGACCCAUGAAAAAGAGACCCAUGCAUCACAGACCCAUGAAAAAGAGACCCAUGCAUCACAGACCCAUGAAAAAGAGACCCAUGCAUCCCAGACCCAUGAAAAAGAGACUCAUGCAUCACAGACCCAUAAAAAAGAGACCCAUGCAUCACAGACCCAUGAAAAAGAGACUCAUGCCUCCCAGACCCAUGAAAAAGAGACUCAUGCAUCACAGACCCAUGCAUCCCAGACCCAUGAAAAAGAGACCCAUGCAUCACAGACCCAUGAAAAAGAGACUCAUGCAUCACAGACCCAUGAAAAAGAGACUCAUGCAUCACAGACCCAUGCAUCACAGACCCAUGAAAAAGAGAGCCAUGCAUCACAUACCCAUGAAAAAGAGACCCAUGCAUCACAGACCCAUGAAAAAGAGACUCAUGCAUCACAGACCCAUGAAAAAGAGACCCAUGCAUCACAGACCCAUGAAAAAGAGACCCAGACCCAUGAAAAAGAGACUCAUGCAUCACAGACCCAUGAAAAAGAGACUCAUGCAUCCCAAACCAUGA